AUGCAUGCCGGGUCGUGGCCUGGCGGAGGGCGGGACGGAGGGCGGUGUGCCGACAGAGCUGUUCAUGAGUGUUGGGCCCGCUUGGCCGGUCCCGGCCCUGUUUGUGACUGGGGUUUGAGCGUCCGUGGCCGUGACUUCCUGAUUGGCAUUGGGCUGCUGCUUUGCAAGAUCCGGAACAUGCCCGUGGGCGUCCACAUCAAGAGUGGCAGGCAGCCGGGUGAGCCCUGCAGCUGUUCCUAUAAACUGCCGCAGUUCCCCUUGGAUCCUGACCCCAAAGCCAGCAUCAACGCGCUCAUCAGGAGCCUGCGGGCCGCAACAGACAAGAAGCCCGCAGUGACCGCAGCAUUCAAGGCUGCGAUGGAGGGUAUGAAGAGACCGCAUGUUGAGAGCCAACAAGAGGACAGGAAUAUGGUGGCAGAACAGCCGGCAGCUGCCUUGCUGGACAUGAGCUCCUAUCUUGAUUCAUUCGCGAAAUGCAAAAGUUUGAUGCACAGCAUCAGGUCAAGUCCUGGAGGGGAGAACAAGACCCCGCUGGCGGUGUUGCAUGAAUAUGCUACCAGGUGGAACCUUGAGGUGUCGCACGAAGAAAACUCAGCAUCAAAUAUGGGUCCUUUUGAUGUGGAAACCAAACUGACUGAUAACCGUGGCCAUACAUAUGCCACAGGUGCAGGACGGGGUAGAAACAAGAAAGAUGCAAGGCAAAUCUCAGCAGCUGCUACUUUAAAUUUGCUUCUUGAGACUCUUUCAGAGGAUUACUUCAUACAGCCAGGCAAAGCAAAGCAACGUUCAUUACAGGCUGGCCGUGGCCGUGGUCGAAGCAGUGCUUGGAAUGCUAGUGGCCGUGGACGUGGAAACAAUUGGACUGGCUGCAAGUGGGGGCUGGGGUACCGAGGCAGAAGUACACGGACAGUUGGUCAACCAGCCGCCAAUCGCGGGUCGAGGGGUGGCAUUGAAGCUGGGCAGAAGCGCGACUAUGCAGCGAUGCUGGGAUUGUCAGGGCCAAGCGAUAUAAACCAGAACCUGCAGAUACAGAGCCCAAACUUAAUGGGGCUGGUGGGUGGGGGCAUGGUGCAAGGGGGGACUGCACUUAACCCACUGUUGAACCAGGGUAUUGGGCUAGGGGCUGCUGGGGUGGGGUUGCCAGCUAUGAUGACAGGUGUGGCUAUGGGAGGGGCUGCUGGGACUGGACUGCAGAGAGGCAUGACCAACACUAUUGCAGGCGUGACUGGCAACAUCAAUGGUAAUAAUAUACUGGGUACUGUGACAAUGGGCGGCCCUCAAGUAGGUCAACAGAUCGGGACACUUGGCGCUGGUAAUGGCAGCAGCCAAGUCAACGGCCUGGCCUGGGCCAGCAGCCUGAAUGGUGCAACAGGGGGAGCUAUUGGCCUGAAUGGUGGCACGCCAGCCCUGACCCUUGGCACAGAUGGUCUCAUGGGCGUCGUGGGCAGCAUGGGUUUGUCUGGUGGCCAGCAAACCAGCAUGGGCUUGUUGAAUUCAGCCAUUAACAAUUUAAGCCAUGUUCCAAUGGGCCAGCCAAAUGGCACCAACCUUCUUGGCGGUGCCAAUUUGGGACAGCAGGCGCAAACAGGCCAAUUUAACUUCUAA